UUUGGGCUCGAGAUCCGCUGGAUCUGGGGUCCCCAAGGAAGCCCCGCCCCCCGCGCCCCUCGACUUGGCCUCCUGCGCAUUUUGGGUGUCAUGGGGCGCAGCGCAAUGGCCGGCCGGCGAUGGCUGCUGUUGGUCUUGGUGGCACUUGCGCUUUCGCUCCGUUUCAGCGGGGUGCGCCUGGCAGCCUUUAGCGCCGGCGCAGCCGGUGCGGCCACGGCGUGCCGGCGGCAAUGGCUUCAAGGAAGUGUGCUCGGACUGGUGAUCCCUCCCGCCUUGGCGGAGGAGGGUCCUCCCUUAGGGUCGAUCCCGAAGGACUUGAAGGCCACCGCGGUGGGCGAAAAGGUCACGACUCCCAAUGGUUGUGUCUAUGAGCCAUUGGACUUAGGCACCGAAGAGACGGGUCCACGCAGUGGCCCACCGCGUGGAGGAGCCAAUGUGCAGCUGAAGUACACGGCUCGUCUGGAGAGCUUCUCUGGACCCAUCUUCGAUUCUUCGGAGCUACGGGGCAAGCGCAAGCCCAACAAGGUGGACUUCGUGGAAAGCCGAUUGAAUGUGGAUCCCAGUUUGCCCAACUGCGUCUUCGAGGCUGUGAAGCUCAUGAAGGUGGGGGCCAAAGGACGCGCCAUGUGCCCAGGGAAGUUGAGCUACAGUGAAGGCAAAGUGGCCUUUGAUGCAGAUGAGGAGGGAGAAGUCAAGAAGAUCCCUGCUGGGGCCAGUCUUUACUAUGAACUGGAGCUGCUCCGCAUCAUUAAGCCCUGAGAGUUGGAAAAGAUGCUCUUUGUCACCUUUUCCACAGGCUGGCCGACGGAAGCUGGAUAGUUUCAAUACCCAUACCAUAC